GUGGCGCCCGUGAGCUUCCUGGGCCCGGCCGGGUGGCGGUGGGACCUUCGCGAUGAACCCAAUUCAGUGUCCUGAAUGUGGGAAGCGCUUCAAGAGGCCCAGUGACCUGGUGAAACACACGCGGAUCCACACCGGCGAACGGCCCUUCACCUGCUCUGAGUGCGGGAAGGGAUUCACCCGCUCUUCCGACUUGCAGAAGCACCAGCGGGUUCACACGGGGGAGCGGCCGUUCACCUGCCCCGAGUGCGGGAAGGGAUUCAUUCAGUCGUCUCACCUGGUGAGGCACCAGCGGGUCCACAAUGGGGAGAGCCCGUUCACCUGCCCCACCUGCGGGAAGGGCUUCAUCCAGUCUUCCAACCUGGCACGGCACCAGCGGAUCCACAAUGGGGAGAGCUUGUUCAUCUGCUCUGAGUGCGGCAAGGGCUUCACUCAGUCGUCAGGCCCAUUGAUCCCCCAGCAGGCUGUGUCGGGGGAGAAGCCGCUGAUCUGCGAUCAGUGCGGGAAUGGAUUUGCAGUGGAACACAAUGUAAUCUCCCAUGAUGACCAAACAGAAGAAGAAGAAGAAGAAGAAGAAGCUCAACAACUUCAGACAACCAAGCUCAAGGAACCGGAAGAGAUUAUAGAGCCAAAUACAGAAGACGAUUACAUUCAUGCAAGUGAAGGACUCUUUGCUUAUCACUCUGUGUGUCACGAUUUAGUAUUUAGUGAGUGCACAUCACAGUUGACUAAAAAAUUUUACGAGCCAAAUUUUUCAUCCGCAUGGACAAAAUCUGAGGCGAUCAUUUGCAACGUGCUGGCGCCCUUGUCGACCAAGGAAGUACUGAGCGAUUUAAAGAAAUGUUCGUUUAUCUCGCUCAGCUUGGAUACGUUAAACAAAGAGGACCACAAACUGGUCCCUGUUCUGGUCCAUUACUUUUGUCCGACGACUGGGGUGCAAACGAAGAUCUUUGAUUUUACUUCGAGGCCGGGCGAAUCAUCUGACUUGCAGUGCGAAUUUCUUUUUCAACUGAUCACGAAAAAUCAUCUCGGCGGAAAGCUGGUCGGACUUCGCUCGGACAACACCAAUAUGAAUUUUAGUGGCUGUAAAAUUCGAGCUGGAAGAAACAAUGUUUGGGGAAGGUUGCAGGUCAGACUUGGGAAAGAGAUCUUCAGUGUCGGUUGUGCCUCUCGCAUUGUACGUAACUGUCUACAAGUUGCAGCCGACUGCCUUCCCCUCGAUCUGGAGUGCUUUGCUGUGAAGGUUUACAGAUACUUCCACAAUUACACUGUUCGUACGGAAGAACUGAAGGAUUUCUGUCGGUUUGGCAGCCCUGAGUACUCUAAGUUGCUGGAGCAAGGCAGCGUACAGUUCCUUUCCCUCGGACCAGCGCUGGACAGAAUUCUGUUGACCUUUGAGGGGCUGAAAGUGUAUUUUCUAUCGCAGGAAAAGUGCCCGACGCUGUUAAAGAGCAUCUUUACUGAUCCUUGCACUAGAAUGUGGCUUGCUUUCGCCACUAACCAAAUCGCAGUCUUUCAGAGGGCAGUCGAGGCCAUUGAAGAGAACGAAUUUUCCGCGAUCGAGGUUGCGCUGCAAAUCCGAGACCUUCGGGAGGACUUAGCCGAGAGGCUGAGAGGGAGGUGCGUCGCAUCGGACACGCUGGUGCUCCUGCGGCGUUUGGUCGAGGACGGGACGAUUACCGAGGGGAAAUUCUAUAAAGCGUUGGAGGAUUUCUUCUCGACGGCGCUGAGUUACCUGAAUCAGUGGAGAGCGACCUUUGAGUGCACGGAACUGUUCGGCUGGGCCUUGCUGAGAAACAUCCCCAAGUGGGACGACAUCCAGAACAGCCUGGCCACUUGCCAAAACAGCAUUGCCGUUCUCAGCUUAAUCGACAAGAAGCGGCUCUUCAACGAAUGGGGGUACACAAAACAUGUUAUCUCCCGAUACGUGUUGGACUGGAACGCGCAGAAAGUACCCGUCUCUGAAAGAUGGGUCCACAUCUUUCGCGAGAUGGACAGGAAAGGCUUGGAGUACUCGCAUCUGGCGAAAGCAAUUGAGUUCAUUUUGUGUCUACCCGGCAGCGCAUCCCCCGUUGAAAGACUAUUUCCGGCCAUGAGCAAUGACUGGUCGCCGGAAAAAUCCCCCAUCAGUGUUUCGACCAUGAAAGCCAUCUUCUUAGUGCAGGUAAACAUUGAACUUGACUGUGCAGCUUUCUAUGAUAAACUGUUGAAAGACAAGAAGACCUUGCAAAAGAUUGCCUCAAAAGAAACCUCUGACCCACAGGAAGCAUUGCACGACAGAGAAGAGACCACCAGUUCUUCCAAAGAGCAGCAGCUACUGCUUAAUUUGAGCAACAGAAGGAGGUUGCGUGGGAUCCGACAGCCCGACGUGAGCGAGCGGAAGCAGGGCCGUGACCGAGCGGGAGCCCCGGGAGCAGCCGCCGGUCGGAAGAAUAAUCGGUGCGAGCUCCAGAAAAACACCGCGGGCCUCCGCACUGGGACUUUGAUAGUAAAGGAGACAAUGAGUAAAGGAGCUCAUUCUGACUGCUUCAUAAAUAACUUUGGGGAAGAGAAUUACCCAGCCUUGAACCAGGGAAGGAAUUUGCUGAUUUACCCCGCUGUUCACAACACGAUCGACUCCUCAGCAAUGAAUCAGUUUCACCGUUCCAACCGUGGGAGAAAGUUCGGUAACAUGGUGAGGCACCGGCGAGUCCAGACCGGGGAGAGGCCGUUCACCUGCUCCGAGUGUGGCAAAGCGUUCACCAGUUCCUCCAUCCUGCUACGGCACCAGCAGAUCCACACGGGGGAGAGGCCGUUCACCUGCUCCGAGUGUGGGAAGGGCUUCUCUCAGUCGGCUACGCUACUGAGGCACCAGCAGGUUCACUCCAGGGAGGGGGUGCUCUCCGGCUCGGGGAGUGCGGAGGCAUUCGUUCAGUCGGCCAAGCUGAAGAAACCCCAGCAGUCUCUUGGCGGGGAGAAGCCGUUCACCUGCUCGGAGUGCGGGAAGGGCUUCACUCGGUCGGCCCACCUGCUAACGCACCAGCGCGUGCACACUGGGGAGAGGCCCUUCACCUGCUCCAUUUGUUCUGAGACAUUCGCCCGCUCCUCCUCCCUGCUAACGCACCAGCGCCUUCACUCCAGGGAGAGGCCCUUCUCCUGCACCGAGUGCGGGAAGCGCUUUACCGAUUCAACCAGGCUGCUGAGGCACCAGAGGAUUCACACUGGCACGAUGUUGUUCAUCUGCACUGGGUGCGGGAAGGGCUUCUCUCACAUGUCCAGCCUGCUGAGGCACCAGCGGGUUCACACUGGCGAAAAAUCAUUCACUUGCUCCGAAUGCGGGGAAGGUUUCAGUCGUUUAUCCCGGCUGGUGAUCCACCAGCGGACUCACACCGGGGAGUGGCCGUACACCUGCUCCGUCUGCGGGAAAGGAUUCAAUCGGCUAUCCCACCAGCGGACGCAUCAGCGGAUUCACACUGGGGAGAGGCCUUACACCUGCUCUGAGUGCGGGAAGGGGUUUGGUCGCUCGUCCAGCCUGAUGCUUCACCAGCGGAUCCAUACCGGGGAGAGGCCGUUCACCUGCUCCGAGUGCGGGAAGCGAUUCAACCAGUUAUCCCAACUGCAGACCCACAAGCGGAUUCACUCCGGGGAGAGGCCGUUCACCUGUUCCGACUGCGGGAAGGGAUUCAAUCAGUUAUCGCACCUGCAGAAACACCGGCGGCUUCACAAUGGGGAGGGGGUGAGGGAGUCACCACGCUCCGAAUCUGGGAAGGGAUACAGUCCAUCAUCUGGCGUGUUGAUUCACCAGCAGAUUCUCAACGAGGAGCGGCCAUUCACCUGCUCCGAGUGCGGGAAAGGAUUCAAUCAAUUGUCACACCUGCAGAAACAUUGGCAGGUUCACACAGGGGAGAGGCCGUUCACCUGCUCCGUGUGCGGGAAGGGAUUCACUCAGUUGUCCAACCUGAAGGCGCACCAGCGAAUCCACACCGGGGAGAAGCCCUUCAUCUGCUCCGAGUGCGGGAAGGGAUUCACACAGUUGUCCAACCUCAAGACGCACCAGAAGGUUCACAGCAGGUCCUCUGCCGACUUCGAAUCUGGGAAAGAGAUCGGUCAGAACCAGCAGCAGGUCCCUGCCGGGGCGAAGCCAUUCGCCUGCUCCGAGUGCGGGAAGGGGUUCAGCCGCUCGUCCAACCUGGUGAUUCACCAGCGGAUUCACACCGAUGAAAGGCCCUUCACCUGCUCCGUCUGUGCGAAAGGCUUCACCCAUUCAACCAUCCUACUGAGGCACCAGCGGAUACACACCGGGGAGAGGCCGUUCACCUGCUCUGUGUGCGGGAAAGGGUUCACCCAGCUGUCCAACCUGCAGGCACACCAGAGGAUACACACCGGCGAGAGGCCGUUCACCUGCUCCGAGUGCGAGAGGACCUUCACUCAGUUAUCCCACCUGCAGAAACACCAGCGAGUCCACACCGAGGACAAAGUUUGAUUCCGCUCCAAAGUGGAAUAUUUAAACAUUUGUGGCUGCUGAGACUGCAGUUACUGCUUCUGCUCAUCCAGGACUGAACCCUGCUCACUGGACACAGUCAGAGUUUGUUUCUACUGAUGUUAACAACCCUGGAGUGUAAUCUUCAGGAUCUGUGUAAAAUAAAUCAGUUCUGUUUUCAAUACUGCAUCUAAAGCCCUUAAUGCCACUGUGGUACCCGGAAUGUACAGCAGAAAGAGAAAGCGGUGGAGUCAGCUGGCCCUUGCCAGAUUUAUGUUCCACCUGAACCACAUCCCAACUUGCCUGUAGUUGCCUUGUUCAAUGGCGGUUUUCUUGUCACAUGUGCGAAGUGCUAACACAGUGAAGUUAUUUUUCUUACAAACAAUUAAGUAGAGUAUUGCCAUACCCCUGAUCCUCGAUUAGCAAGUGUACAGAAAUAGUUUACUGUGCCUGCAUGCAUGCUUUGGUGCCAUUUUCAAAGUCCAUACUCCAAUUCUCCAUGUUCCAGGCAAGUCCCAGGCUGCUGCGGGCCUCCAGCCAUCUCUUUCCUUGGCAGCCAUGUCCCUCUCAUUGCCUGUCCACCAUUGUUCCCUGCAGAUACCUCUCACAGGAGAUCAUGAGGGCGCGAUGGGCCAGACACUGGUUCCAUCUCCUCUCUUACCGGCCUUGCGUCUUGUAUGUCGUUGUCGUCACAGUCUCCCUCCUCUGAUCUUCGGGAGACGAGCAGGGGAACGUCUUUGCGAGCUCCUCGUGAAGCCGUGAUCCGCCGGGUUUUCCGUUCAGCCACGGGGGACCAGCUCGGCCGCGAUCCCCCAGUCCGGGUCCUGAGCUCAGCCGAGCAAGGGCCAUGGCCUCCUGGGAGCCUUCAGCUACUGGAAAUCUGUAAUUUAAAAAAAAGAGAUGAAAAUGCA